UAUCAUAAGAUAAAAGGCAGUUCUUCCAAAUAUAAUUAUCUUAUUUUCGCUCUGUUUCUUGAAGAGAAUGGACCGAGAUGUGCUGUUGCAAGUUUCUGAGGAGGACUUGCCACAAGUAUUGAAUACUUUGGAAAAAUUUCUGCCUGACUCCAUCGUGCCAUACGAAUGGAUCUCCUUGCACCUACGAUGGCGAGUGACAACCCCAAGUCUCAAACUGCGCAUUUUCAGUCCAGCAGGAUCGUCGUGGAAGGAAGGAAUUUUAAUUUGUCUCUCGGAUGGAUUGGCAGAUUGCGGCAAGAUGUACGGCGUGAUGUAUGCCCCGCUGGAGAAAACGGCCACGCUGCGAGCCUCGGCGCUGAAAACAAAGUUGAUUGACUGGGAAAGAGUCAUCCACAUUGCUUGUCUGCUUGACAGACACCUGCCCAUUUUAACCGAAGUUCUCAAGGUCAACGGAUUCAAAUGCACUGGUGAUUACCACAUUCCUUGCAAGCUUCUUUACAUGCCCAUCCAGAAAGCUGUCGAGUGCCCCUUGCCCAGAGUGUCCGACAAAGUUCGAGUGGGGUCCGUGGACUUGUCUCAUUUUCAGACGGUUUUCGACCACUGGUCCAUGCGAGACGACCUUGAGUUCAAACCGAUAGUCAAGAAAAUGAUCACAGAAAAUCCAUCAGUGGGUAUUUUCGUGACAAAAGAUGACGGCUGCUCGGAGGAACUGGCCUCGAUGGUUCUGCAAGCCGAGUAUGGCGCCGUUGGGCUUCUGCAGACGCUGCCGUCGUUCGAGCGUAGAGGCUAUGCGUCCAUCGCUCUGGCGCAUCAGACGAGAAAUCUGGCCCACGCUGGAGUGACACCUUACGCGGCCAUUUUACUCCAGAACGAAGCUUCCAUCCGCCUUUUCCGCUUGGUUGGUUACGAAGAGCUCGGCGUUUCCACGUGGGUUGUCUUUAAAAAGCUUUACUUAGACGAUUAAGUAAUUGUUUCUAAUUUUAAUUAUGAAUUGAUUCAAUUACUUCUUGCCUGAGAAUUCAUUAUUGCUCAGAUAAAAAGAGCACUGAAAAAAAACUUGCCUAUAAAAAUGCGACAUAUAAUUGCGAUAAUUGCGUAGGUUUAUGAUUGAAAAUGCUCAUUUCAAAUUUGGUCUUGUAGUGAGUUUAUCUUUUUAAUUGUCAUAAUUUAACUAAGUUUAAUUGGACUAAUACAAAUUGUAAAGAUAUUUACAAGGGCUAUGUUAACAAGAUAUUCCUUUCAUGGCAUUUCCUCAUCUAUUUAAAAAAAUGUUUUCAUCUUGAAGUAACUGUACGUAAAUUGCAAAUGUAUCUAAUGUGAUUCUUGUAUCAUUUACUCGACUGUAUCAAAAAAUCUUUAACAUUAUCCCAAGCUGUCUGUUAUUAGAAACAAAAUUAUAAUUAAAUCGUUCACCGAUGGUGUCCAAUUAAUGAAUAGUAAUAAUAAUGAUUUAACUACACUAUUUUAAAGGAUCAUAGAAGUGUAGUACUGCUUUAGAUAAAAUGUUCAGUUUUGUUUAACCUCAUCAUCCCGUGGGCUAUGAGCUCUCAUAACACCUCCGAGCAUAUAACGUGGGGCCCAAGUGGCCGCAGAGGAGCUUGGGCCCAAUUGAUACGCCAGACAUUUUUCCAUAAAAAGCCGCUAGACAGGUGCGAAAACCAGCAAGAGGCGAGUUCCAGCCCCGUUGAGCUAUUUGGGCAUUUCGAGUCACUAAUCUAACCACUUUCUGCAAUCUCUGAUAUAAGGCAGCCAGUAUUUGUGCAUUCGGGGAUCUAAUACUGACUGCCCAAUGUCAGAGAUGGCAAAAUGAACACAAAAACUUAAAAUAUUUUAGUACAGUAUUUAAAAGUUACUUCAAACUGAAGUUUAAAAAUAAAAAAUGAACGUUUAUGUUAUGUAUA